CAAGAUUAUAUUAGGUGUUUAGCCUCACCUUUGUGUUCCGGUUAGAGUCACAGGUGCACACGGAAAUAACCUUCGACUAUGGAUAUCUCCAACAUGUCUGAAGAGAGCAACAAGCUGGGCCCCAUCUCUGCUGUCGGAAUAGUUAGCUCACUCACCAAAAUCCCUGACGGUUACUAUGCUGUUACACAAACAACAGAUGGCUCCGACGCCGACCUGUGGAAGGACGGCUUAUUCAAAUCCAAGGUCACUCGCUACCUUUGCUUCUCCAGGAAAACUGAGCCUGAAGUUGUUGUGGAUAUGAAGCUGAUUGACAUCAAGGACCCGUUGCCAGAGUCCUUCACACUUGUGCAAGAAACAUUAGACAAAAAGGAAGCUGCCAUGAGGAAGAGGAGGCUGUGUGUGAAAAUGAGCACUCGUGAGGCUGCCGAGACAGCUGUAUGUGACAUCCAGAUCACCGCCAAAUCCAAGUACCAGCUUGUUAACUACACCUGUGUGGGAGAGAUAAACAAUAUGGGAAUAUGGUAUCGCAUGGGAGACGUUCCUCGGAGUCUGUCAUCUCAGCAAACCAGGAGCGCUCCAAAAACUGACGCCCUGUACAGCACAAUAAGCAGGAUCGCAAUCAGCAGGCCACAGUAUCAGCAGGAGAACAGUGGCAUCUACACUAUGUCAGCUCUCGACGAUGUGCCAUUUAUGGUGUCGGAGAAGUUUCACGUAAAACCUCAACAGAUGCAGCAAGUCAAUUUAAUGGGCAUUACGAUCAAAUCCCUGGCAGAGAUCGAGGAGGAAUUCCACUACAACUUCGGCACAGAACUGAGUAUUGUUCCUUAACCCCUCGUCCGGCUCUCCCUCCGAGAAUCGCAACAAGAACAGUGUUUAAUGAAGCAGACGGCAGAUGACAGCCCUCCGUGAGCGUUUGGUUUGUUGCUGUGCUCUGCUGCUAAAAUCAGAGCGACUGAGGAAUUCUCUGCAGAGGGAACAGCUUUCACGCUCCUUCGCGAAGGUGACACUCAUGUCAGCGAAGCCCCGGAGAACGUGACAGGCUUCAACAGCCUCCCUCCCUGCUGGUUCACACAGUGCAUCUACGCGGUGUGCCAUAUGCAUACUGCAUGACUGCGAGAAACGUAGUUAAGAUUUGCAAACUAAUGUGCCAGGCGUUUUUAAUAUCACAUUAAACAUUUUGGGCUUUGUUUUCAUUCUAGAUGCUCCAUUUUGCUGUAAGCGCUCUUAAACGUCGUUGUUUUUGUUCUACACUAUAAAAAUAGACUUGGAGCGUUUAAAAUGUCAAGCAAUUAAAAUUAUUACAAUUUUAUUAAAGCAUAUUAAGCUGUAAUUCCCAUCAGCAAGUAUGGUUGAAUACCAUUUUUUGGCAAUGAAUCCAACUUAAAAAGUUUGUUUAGAAUCUGAAAAUGUUUGGCUAAGUGUUUAAGCUUAUUUAUUUACAUAGGUGGUAUUAUGAAUGAUUACAUAACCUUGGUUGUAAUGGAGCAAGCUGUAAAAGGACAGUCAGGUCUCUAAAUUUAAAAAGGUUUUUUUUUUUUUUUUCCUUGGUCUAAAAAGCAAAACCUUGGGUAAAU